CGGUCCCCGUCACCCUCUGCCUUUUCUGAUCCUCACAGUCAACAGCUGCUACAGCUUCAGCCGUAGGGCUGGAUUUCCCGUCCCAGCACCUUCCCCUCCCCCACUCCCCAGCGUGCUGGUAGCCCCUCCUCCUUGCCCCUACCCAAAGGUCACGGGACAGGCUGGAGGAUGAGAGUGUUGUCCUGCAGCCCGACUAGGUCCUCAGCGAUGAAUGUACCUCAGACAGGAAAAAGACAGGGCUGCUGUGUGUGUCCGAACGCUGUUACCUCCUGGGGUUGCAGACUCUGCAAGUUUCAAAUAGGGCAAUGCCCAGAAGUUGGUGAAGGCUCUCUUCUCCAACAUGGCUGAUUGCAUUAAGUAUGAAGUGGCCCCCCAGCAUGAGAGAGAUGCCUCCCCUUUGGCCAGUGAGGCCAGCCCGGGGUCGGAGCAGGUACAGCUGAAGAAGGAGAUCUCGCUGCUUAAUGGCGUGUGUCUGAUUGUGGGAAACAUGAUUGGCUCGGGCAUCUUCGUCUCCCCCAAGGGUGUACUCAUGUACAGUGCCUCCUUUGGCCUCUCCCUGGUCAUCUGGGCUGUCGGGGGCCUCUUUUCAGUCUUUGGGGCCCUUUGUUAUGCGGAACUGGGCACUACCAUUAAGAAAUCUGGGGCCAGCUACGCCUACAUCCUUGAGGCUUUCGGGGGAUUCCUUGCCUUCAUCCGUCUCUGGACCUCCCUCCUCAUCAUCGAGCCCACAAGCCAGGCCAUCAUUGCCAUCACCUUUGCAAACUACAUGGUGCAGCCCUUCUUCCCGAGCUGCUUUGCCCCGUAUGCUGCCGGCCGGCUGCUGGCUGCUGCCUGCAUCUGGGUGUGGAAUCACAACAAAGGAAGAGAGUUUGGAUUACAUGAAAAAAAUGUACUGACUGUGGAGCUGGAAGGUAGAGUCCUACAGCAGGGAACUCAUGGUGUGGUCAAGGAGACAGGUCUCUUAACCUUCAUUAACUGUGCCUAUGUCAAGUGGGGAACCUUGGUACAAGAUAUUUUCACCUAUGCUAAAGUAUUGGCGCUGAUCGCUGUCAUCAUCGCAGGCAUUGUUAGACUUGGCCAGGGAGCCUCGACUCACUUUGAGAAUUCCUUUGAGGAUUCAUCAUUUGCAGUGGGUGACAUUGCUCUGGCACUGUACUCGGCUCUGUUCUCCUAUUCGGGCUGGGACACCCUCAACUAUGUCACUGAAGAGAUCAAGAAUCCUGAGAGGAAUCUGCCCCUCUCCAUUGGCAUUUCCAUGCCUAUUGUCACCAUCAUCUACAUCCUGACCAACGUGGCCUAUUACACUGUGCUAGACAUGAGGGACAUCCUAGCCAGUGACGCCGUUGCUGUGACUUUUGCAGACCAAAUUUUUGGAAUAUUCAAUUGGACAAUUCCACUAGCAGUUGCAUCAUCCUGCUUUGGUGGCCUCAAUGCUUCCAUCGUAGCUGCAUCUAGGCUUUUCUUUGUGGGCUCAAGAGAAGGCCAUCUGCCUGAUGCCAUCUGCAUGAUUCACGUGGAGCGGUUCACACCGGUACCUGCUCUGCUCUUCAAUGGCAUCAUGGCACUGAUCUACUUGUGUGUGGAGGACAUCUUCCAGCUCAUUAACUACUACAGCUUCAGCUACUGGUUCUUUGUGGGGCUCUCUAUUGUGGGUCAGCUCUAUCUGCGCUGGAAGGAGCCUGAUAGGCCUCGUCCCCUCAAGCUCAGCCUUUUCUUCCCGAUUGUCUUCUGCCUCUGCACCAUCUUCCUGGUGGUGGUUCCACUUUACAGUGACACCAUCAACUCCCUCAUUGGCAUUGGCAUUGCCCUCUCAGGCCUGCCCUUCUACUUCCUCAUCAUCAGAGUGCCAGAGCACAAACGACCUCACUGCCUCCGAAGGAUUGUGGCAACCACCACAAGGUACCUCCAGGUCCUGUGUAUGUCAGUUGCUGCAGAGAUGGACUUGGAAAAUGGAGGAGAGAUGCCCAAGCAACGAGAUCCCAAGUCUAACUAAAUACUACCUAGAGUCCUGAGAUGUGGAAAAGCAAGGGCCUCUUGUCUCCUACUGGCUGGAGCCUUGGACACUGAAAAGGAAAGGUCAUUUGUUUGGAGGCACCUGUCCAGAAUCUUGGUCUAGGCAGCUUCAACAGCUUCUGCACCUGCUUUUAGGGAGAUGGAAAGUAAUUUAUUUGUUUUGCUACAUACUAUUUCAGAUUUUGUUUGAAAGGACAAUAAAUAAAGCAAACUACAGUGGGGACCAUGUCAGGUGUGGGCUUGGUUCUAGUAGCACAUUCCCAUGUGUUAAGAUAUUCCCUCACCUCUGGGUGUGCCUAGCUACUCUUAUACUUUAGAAGGGCCAAUAAUGCUCCAAACUUCCCGUCUCCUUUAGAGACAUGAAAUGUCACAGGUGCUAGACAAUAAAAAGGUUAUAUUCCUAA